AUGGACAGUCAGAACUUAAGGAUGCACGAAGAUCAAGACGUGCAGCUGGCGAAGGAAAUCCUCACCCGCUUUGACGAGAAUGACAGAGCCCACGCGAACAACCAAACUACUACCCACGAACCUGACGCUGGCUUGAACGGAGACUCGAUCCCGGAUUCAGACCGUCCUUCCGAUAUUCGCCUCUUUCUUGAAGGCGUGGGCGAUGACGACCAAGACGAUGACAACGAAGACGAUUCGGACGAGGAAGACACUGUUGAGAGAGGCUAUUCGCACUUUGAAUGGGGUGUUGAUGAGCCCGAGUUCGAAGGCUAUCCGGAAUUCUCGGACGACGAGGCUGGGUACGACGAUCAGGAUGAUUCGGGGCAUGAUGAUGACGGUGAGGAUGGAGCCAAUUGA